GGGCGUUAAUGGCGGGCACAGGAGCACCUUCGGCUACUAGCAGCGGCACCACCACCACUGCCACCACUGCCACCACCACUAGCAUUAGCACCACCAGCAGCACCACCACUACAACCACUGCUAUCAGCACAAGCAGCAGCGGCAGCAGCGCAUUUGCAUCUCGCUCGUCCCCGCCUGUCGCCUUCCGCCGCAUGUCCAGCCUUGACGUCAAGACCUCCCUCGACGGCCUCGCCGUACUCGCUCGCCAGGGCUCGUGGCGCGCCAUAGUGGACAAGGUGGUGGAGGGGUACAAGCUGGCGGGGCUGGCACAGCAGCUGGCGUUACGCGGUUACCACGUGCUCGCGCUGAUGAAGCUGCGGAUGUACGGCGCGGCUGCAGAGGAGCUCACCCUAUUGGGAAAUCUCGACUCGCCGCAGUACCGAUACGAGGCGCACCCGGGCAUGUACCCUGGCAGGAAAGGAUCCAUGCUGCCCUUUGCUCUCCGUUGGCUGGCAGCGGAGCUCCCUCACCGCAUGGGCAAUGCUGCCCUCACUGUGGAGAGGCUGUGCGCGCUGCAGGCAUACUGCACUGCCAAGAUGAAGGAAGUGCAAGGCCGAAUAGCCGCAGACAGGCAGGAAGCACAGGAGAGAGCAGCACAUGCAGGUGGCGGCAGCAGCAGCAGCAGCAGCAGCAGAAUGAGCAUGAGCAAGAGCGCAGUGACAACACAAGGCGUGGCAGAUGAGAUGGGACCUGAGGACGGCGAGGGCAUGUCGUCUCAUGCCAAGCUUGCAACAGCAAUGACCACCACCACCACCACCACCAGCACCAGCACCACCACCAGCACCAGCACUAAGGGCACACCGUCAGCAGCAGCAGCGUCGUUGUCAUCCCAGGAAGCGCUAGUUGCCUGCUGGGCACGCAGGCGGCAGGCGGUGCGGCACUCGCUGGUCUCGCACCACUUAGCCCAACGAGACUACCCCACCGCCCUGCAGUGGCUGCAGCGCCUGCUGCGCUACGAGCCGAGCAACGCCGCCCUGCUCUCACGGUACGGGCUGGUGCGGCUGCAGCUGGGGGACGUGGAGGGUGCGAACGCUGCGUUCGGAUUGGUGGAGAAGAUGGUGGUGCACCGCGAGGUGGAGCUGGAGAGUGAGGGGGAGCGUGGGGGAGGAGGGGGGGAGGGGGAAGGGGGAGGGUGGGGAGGAGGAGGAGGUGGAGGAGGAGGAGCAGGGGUAGGAAGGGAUGGGAGUGGGUUGACAGGGCAGGUGACGGCGGCGAAUCUGGGGGAGAUGAAGCGGCUGGUGCGGCUCAACAAGGCGCUGGUGCACUUUGCUCGCAAGGAGUACGGGCAGGCGCUGCAGCUGUUCACUGCCGUCACGAAGGAGGACCCCACCAACCCCAUUGCUGCAAAUAACAAGGCCCUCUGCUUGAUGUACGGCCGAGAUCUUGCCACGGCGGUGCGGGUGCUGGAGGACCAAUUGCAGGCGAGCCCGCUGACAGCUGUCGACGAGACAGUGGUGCUGAACCUGUGCUCCAUGUACGAGCUGGCGGCGUCCGACACGCUCAACGCCAAGAGCACCCUCAGCAACUGGCUCACUCGCCUCGCUCCCGACGACUUUGACUUCGCAUGCACUCGGCUGUGAAGGGGAUGUGUUUCUUUGGCUGACACUGUAUGCGUGGAAUAGGCUCAGAACACGCGCACGGGUGAGCCAACGGUGGCCGAAGUGCUCCAUGCAGUGCCUUCGUUGCCUCGAUCGGAGUCCUCUCGGUCGCCCAACAUCCAGUAAGGGCGUAUUCCUACAGCAAGGUGUUCAGUAUCAGCAAACCCAAAAUCGAGUCUGAAACGCGGUACAGUAAGGUCCGAGUGUUGAAACACGAAAUCCUAUGCGGUUCAAUACGGCUGUUCGCGAAGUUAGGUUCCCUGGUAUCGUACUCAACGGGCACAGCAGGAUUACGCCCUAAAGCUGAUGCGUGUUGCACAUUGAACUAUGGGCAUUUCAAGGAGGCAUUGUGACCAAACAU